AGUGAUAGAAAAAAUUGAAGAGAUUCAUCAAACAUCAAAAACUAUAGUAUCGUAAGCCUUAACAACAGUCACGCCAUACACCAAAUGGCGACCCAUUUGACGUCAGCACCCGAUGUCAUUAACAACAACGCCGGCGACAACGCUAGAGCCGAGUCCCCAAGUCAUCCGAAAAAUUUCCAAAAGCACUUACCAAUGAAUUGAUCGAAGUGAAAUAACGAGAAACAAAAUACCACAAUGGCAUCGAACGAUGGAAUACCAUCGCCUGCAGUCCCCGGAUACCCUCCAGCAGCACCUACCAUGCCGCCGGGGUAUGGCCCGCCAAUGAUGGGCUCGGGGCCAUUUAUUCCACCCCCUGGGAUGCCACCAGGGCCACCGGGCAUGAUGCCUCCACAGUUUUCAAUACCUCCACCUGGAUUUGGUUACCCCAUGGGGGCUGCUGGCCCACCUGAGCCUGGAGUUAUUGCUGCUCCCCCGCAGAUAACAGCACCAACUCUCCCGUCUCUCCCUCCAACCGACACCUCCUCCCCGGCGCCGAAUCCCUCCCCACAUCUUGUGACAAAUCCCUCGACCCCGAACCCGGCGCCGUCCACUUCGCCAAUAGAAAAAAAAUCUGAGUGGACAGAGCACAAGGCCCCAGACGGCCGCACUUACUACUAUAAUUCAACAACAAAGCAAUCCCUCUGGGAAAAGCCUGACGAAUUGAAAACCCCCUCCGAACUACUACUUUCCCAAUGCCCCUGGAAGGAAUACAAAUCCGAAAAUGGCAAGGUUUAUUACCACAACGUAACGUCCAAGGAGUCACGUUGGACGAUUCCCCCAGAGCUUGAAGAACUCAAAAAUCGAAUUCUGGCGGAAGAGGCGGCAGCAGCAGCAGCUGUCGCUGUCGCCAGUGCGACAAAUACCGGUGGAAUAUCACAAUUAAUUCAACAUUCAUCGCCGAAUGUUGUGGGAACUCCAGAAUCAACUAAUUCCGGAAAAUCUGCCAUUGAGCAAGCAAUGGCGGCGACACUCGCUGCCAUUAAUAUACCAACACCACCGGCAAAGCCAGACGAAGACAGCAAUUCGGCGAAGGGUUCAGCCAAUGGCAGCAGAACAUCAACACCGGAGCCUAAGGUCCAGUUCAAGGACAAGAAGGAGGCCAUUGAGGCAUUCAAGGAGCUGCUCAAGGAGAGAGAUGUGCCAUCAAACGCCACCUGGGAACAAGCUGUCAAGAUGAUAUCUAGUGAUCCUCGAUAUCCUUCCAUGAAAAAGUUGAAUGAACGUAAACAGGCGUUCAAUGCCUACAAGACGCAACGACUUAAGGAGGAAAAGGAGACGGAAAGGCUCAGGUUGAAGAAGGCAAAGGAGGACUUGGAGCAGUUUCUUCUAAAUCACGAGAGAAUGACCAGUACGACAAAGUAUUACAAAUGCGAGGAGAUUUACGCUAAUCUGGAGAUAUGGAAAGCCGUGGGGGAUUCGGACAGACGUGAUAUCUACGAGGAUGUUAUCUUCAAUCUUGCCAAGAGGGAGAAGGAGGAGAUGAAGCUACUGAAGAAGAGAAAUACGAAAAAGUUGGCCCAAGUUUUGGAUACGAUGACUGAUGUAACUUAUCGUACAACUUGGCAAGAGACACAGUCACUUCUUCUCCAACACUCAGCUUUUGCUGAAGAUGCUGAUUUGUUGGAGAUGGACAAGGAGGAUGCACUGCUGGUUUUUGAGAAUCAUAUCAGGCAACUUGAGAAGGAUGAGGAGGAGGAGAAGGAGCGUGAGAAGAAGAGGAGAAAGCGGCAGGAGAGGAAGAACAGGGAUGGAUUCAUCUCACUGCUUGAUGAGCUUCAUGAACAGGGAAAGCUCACGUCCAUGUCACUCUGGGUGGAACUCUAUCCCAUGCUCAGUGCUGAUCUCAGGUUCUCGGCGAUGCUCGGACAGCCUGGCUCGACUCCUCUGGAUCUCUUUAAGUUUUAUGUUGAAGAUCUCAAGUCCAGGUUUCAUGAUGAGAAGAAAAUCAUCAGGGAAAUACUCAAGGACAAGAACUUUGAGGUACAGGUUAAUACGACGUUCGAGGCAUUUGCAACCGUUGUCUGUGAAGACAGAAAAUCUGCAACUCUUGACGCUGGUAACGUCAAACUGACGUACAAUUUACUGUUGGAAAAGGCUGAGGCGAGGGAGAAGGAGAGGGUUAAGGAGGAGACGAGGAAGUUUAAGAAGCUUGAGGGGGCGUUCAAGGGACUGUUGAAGAACAUCGAGGUCGAUUAUCAGAUGAAUUGGGAGGAGGUGAGGGAGAAACUGGAGGAGGAGGGCGACUUCAAAGCGAUUACCUUGGAGAGUGAGAGGGUCAGAAUAUUUAAGGAGUAUCAGCAUGACCUGGAGGAGAGCUGCGGUCAUCAUCACAUCAGGAGUAAGAAGAAGAAGGGGAAGAAAGGGAAGAGGAAGUCGAGGUCUAGGAGUCAUAGUCCUGAGUCUGAUGUCAGUGAUAAAGGAAAGAAGAAGCGGCACAAAUCCCGAUCCCCCAGUCCAUUGAGUAAAUCAGAGAGUUCGGAGUCUGAGAGCAAAAAGACUAAGAGGAAGAAGAGCAAGAAGAAACGUGGGAGAAGCCAUUCGCGUUCACAUUCACGUUUACCAUCCUCUGAGGACUCACCGGAGAGAAAAAUAAAAGAAGACAAACAUCGCAGGCCCUCGGGUCAUUCUGAAGGCUCCAUACACGAUAAUGGAGAGCAUCACGAGCUCUCGGAAGACGAGCUGGAGAAGCAGAGGGCACAGUUGUUGAGGGAACUGCAGAUGCAGCAGGAGGAGAACUGAUGGGAGAUUUUUAGUACAGAAACUCUUUAAUUAUUGUCUCCAAGUAUAUGUUGUACAUAAAAUUAAUAAAGAGAUUUUUUUGCUCUUUUUGACAAGA